CUCCCAAGAUUCCGUUUUCGACUCGCACGGAAAAAUGAUGUCAAAAAGUUUCGGAUUUUGUUCCAAACGAGGUUUUGAAGCAAAAUCGCAACUCGUCCCUUCUUCUCACAAACCCAAUUUGAACUACUCUUCAAACCCAAAUCUCAAACAAAUAAUCCAUCCAAAAUGAAGUCUGCUGUUUUCGCCACCCUUAUUGCUUCGGCCGCCGCCUUUGCCCCUGCCAACAAGGCCGCCACUUCCACCGCCAUCAAGGCCUUCGAAGACGCCCUCGGAUCGCAGCCCCCUCUCGGAUUCUUCGACCCCUUGGGACUCGUUGAAGACGGUGACCAAGAAAAGUUCGACCGUCUUCGAUACGUCGAGAUCAAGCACGGACGCAUUUGUAUGCUUGCCUUCCUUGGACAGAUCACCACCCGUUACGGAGUCCACCUUCCMGGUGACAUCGACAUGUCCGGUGACUCCUUCGACUCCUUCCCCAACGGAUGGGCCGCUAUUGCCGGACCCGAUGCCAUCCCUUCCGCCGGGCUUGCACAGAUCGUUGCCUUCGUUGCCGCCCUCGAACUCGGCGUCAUGAAGGACAUCGAGGGAACCGGAAACGAGUUCGUCGGUGACUUCCGUAAUGGAUCCCUCGACUUCGGAUGGGACACCUUCGACGAAGAGACCCAGCUUUCCAAGCGUGCCAUCGAGCUCAACAAUGGCCGUGCCGCCAUGAUGGGAGUUCUCGGACUCAUGGUCCACGAGCAGCUCGGAGGAUCCGUCCCAAUCGUUGGAGAGCUCUAAACAUGUACUCUCACGGAACCAUAGGAUGCAAUGCCACGCCGUGGCACGAGCAACCUAACCCACCCACCGAUUUGAUCCGAUGGACGUUGAUUUGAUUUGUUUCGCCGUGGCAUAACGACAUCGAAGCCUUUAAGGAAGCCAGGCAUUGGUUUGGCGUGUGGAAACGAAUUGGAAAUCGGACAACCUCUCAUGUCGCAUGGAAGAAAUAUAGUUUUGCGCUUUGUCCAUCGAAAUGCGUCUUCUGCAAACGUUUUUGCAGGAAGCAUAGCGUGGAAAAUAUAAGAAGAAUUCUAAUUACAAUAGAAAUGCACUAUUAUU